AUGAGAAUACAAGUGUCGUUAUUUCUGGCGACGUUUGUGGCUCUGUUCACGUUUGUGUCCGCGCAGGUGCACACUGGUGAUGCCGAUGAAGCCGCAGAGAAGGCCCAGCAGUUCUUCGCUAACCAGACCACUGAGGAGGGCUCUCAUACCAACAACUGGGCCGUGCUAGUUUCCACGUCACGGUUCUGGUUCAACUACAGACACAUGGCCAAUGUUCUGUCCAUGUACCGAACCGUCAAGCGACUUGGUAUCCCGGACUCGCAGAUCAUUCUCAUGUUGUCGGAUGACGUGUCGUGCAAUCCGCGAAACACCUUCCCCGGUACCGUCUACAACAACGCGGACCGAGUGAUCGACCUCUACGGAGACCAGAUCGAGGUCGAUUACAGAGGCUACGAGGUGACUGUGGAGAACUUUCUGCGUCUGCUGACCGACCGAUGGGACGAGGGAGUGCCCCGAUCUAAGCGACUGCUCACAGACGAAAACUCCAAUGUGUUCAUCUAUAUGACUGGUCACGGUGGCAACGAGUUCCUCAAGUUUCAGGACGCCGAGGAGAUCGGCGCAUUCGACAUUGCCCACGCGUUUGCGCAAAUGUGGGAAAAGAAGAGAUACAAUGAGUUGUUUUUCAUGAUUGACACCUGCCAGGCGAACACCAUGUACUCGCGGUUCUACAGCCCCAAUAUUCUGGCUGUGGGAUCGUCCAAGUACGAUGAGUCGUCGUACUCGCACCACGCUGAUGUCGAUGUUGGAGUCGCCGUCAUUGACCGGUUCACAUACUACAACCUCGAGUUCCUGGAACAGAUGGACCAGACGUCCAACGUGACGCUACAGGCUCUGUUUGAGUCGUACGACCCUGUGGUGAUCCAUUCGGAGCCGGGAAUCCGAACCGACCUGUUCAAGCGGGAUCUCGACAAGGUGAAGAUCACCGACUUUCUUGGAUCUGUCCAGCGAGUGACGGUGGACACAGAUGAGCCCCAGGCCAGUAUUCUGGAUAACAUCAAGCCCGCGGAGGUGGUGAUUGACAAGGGCUUUGAGGGAUUCCCCAAGCUCAACCUGGACGACAUCCCCAUCAAGGAGACGCUCACUACAGUGUCUCGAAUCGCCAUUCCUCUGGCAGCGGCGUAUCUGACGAGACGGUUUCAGACAAAGUGGAGUGUCGACAAAUAG